AUGCGAAUCAAGCGCAACAGAGGUUUAGUGUUGCUGAAACAAAUUAUCUCAACGGGAGGCAGCGUCUACACAACAAAAAUAUUCACUUCAAAGGAGUUAGCCAAAGCAACCGGAAACUUUAGCAAAACUAGGGUCCCUGGCCACGGUAGCCAAGGCAGGGUAUAUAAGGGUAUGCUUAUCGACGAAAUUCAGAUUCAAAAUUUCAUUAACGAGCUCGUCGUUCUAUCGCAUUUAAGUCACAUGAACAUCGUUAAGCUUAUUGGGUUUUGCCUUGAGACGCAGGUUCCUCUUCUCGUUUAUGAAUACAUCUCCCACGGAAACCUUUGGGAAGUGCGCGUAGGAAUUGCAAAAGAGAUAGCUGAAUCGCUUUGUUACUUCCACACCACGGCAUCGACUCCGAUAUUCCAUAGGGAUAUUGAAACGGCCAACAUUAUGUUGGAUGGUAACAAUAGAGCCAAGCUUACUGAUUUUGGAAUCUCAAAAUCAGAAUCUGAAGAUCAAACCCAUCUCACUACAAUAGUGAUAGGCACCUCCGGGAAUCUAGAUCCUGAAUACUAUCAAUCAAACCAGUACACCGAGAAAAGCAAUGUGUACAGUUGGCAUUGUGCUUUCCGAGCUUAUUACUGGCGAGAAGCCGAUUUGUUUCAACCGGUCACCGGAAAACAGAACGCUUGCAUCCUAUUUCAACCGUGCCAUGAAUGA